AUGCAACGGGUACCGUCGGCCCAGCGACGACGGUUAAAGAAGCGAGUUGGAGAGUGGAGAUGUGCCACUUGGAACAUCGGCACAAUGACUGGAAGAAGCAGGGAGAUAGCAGAGACCAUGAAGCAGAGAAAAGAGAAAAUACUCUAUGUGCAAGAAGUAAGGUGGAGGGGCGGCGGAGGAAGGGAGAUCGGAGAAUGUUAUAAGCUGUACUACUCCGGAAGCAGAACGGGAAGAAACGGCGUGGGUAUCAUCCUCGAUGAAGAGCUCAAGCAAAGGGUGGUGUAUAUCGUUCAAAAGCCCUCAGACAGGUUGAUGACAAUUAAGGUGCUAGCAGGAAAGAGUCUGAUCAACAUCGUGAGUGGUUAUGCUCCACAGUUUGGCUGUGAAGAUCAAGAGAAGAAAGAGUUCAGAGAACAACUUGAACAAAGUGUUAGAGAGAUCCCUGAGGAAGAAGAAAUCAUCCUAGGAGCUGAACUGUCAUAUAGGAGAAACAGCAGGAGUGGAGAUAGCAGUUCCCAGAUCGACUUCCUAGUGGUGAAAAAGAGAACCCGCAAAAAUGUGAGAGAUGCAAAAGUGAUCCCCGGUGAGGAAGUUGCUUACCAGCACAAACUGCUGGUCAUGGAUGGGACGUUCUCUAAGAAAAGGAUAGGAGAAACAACAGAAAAGAAGCUGCAGAACUUCAAAGUGUGGAAACUACGGGAAUGUGCAGGAGAAUAUAGAAGAGAACGAAUGGGAAGAGCUAACAGAACUACCAGCAGUGGAAAGUCCGAUACAGCAAGUAAGCCUGCAGGAGGUGUCAGCUGUCCUUAA